CUGUCAAUAUUCUUUAAAGAAUAUGAAAUCAUAAAGGAGACUGAGCUUGAAGAAGCAGAAGAAAUUCCAGUUGUAGAAGUUGAAGAAACUUUACCAGUGGAAGUGCUGCAACCUGAAAAGAAGGUCCCUGAAAAGCGAAAACCACCACCACCUGCUCAACCAACAGAAGAUAUUAAACUGGCAAAAGAUCUACUUAAAGCUCCUGAAUCAAGGAAGAAAGCUGUGACUGCAAAACCUGGUGAGCCUCCGAAAUUGGAACCCCCACCUGCUAAAGUGCCUGGACUUGUAAAGAAACCUCGCAAAGUAAUUCCUGAGGUUACUCCUCCACCAAAAGAAGAAGUUGUUUUGAAAAGAGUUCUUAAAAAGAAACCUGAAGAGGAAGAACCGAAACCAGAAAAAGAGCCUAAACCAGAAGUUAAACCAGUACCUACACCAGUAGAAAAAAUUAAGAAACCUGAAGUCCCAGAAGUUCCUAAGAAGAAAACUGAGAUACCUGCCAUAAAAAAAGAGGAGAAACAUGUACCUGAACCAUCGAAAGGUACAGACGUGUGUUGCUCUCUUUCCUUAUUGCAGCAACUAAAUUAUAUUCAGUGCUGA